GAAGCAAGCAAGAAAAGAAAACAAAAGAAUUCAAUAACUGAAGAUGGCUGAGGGAAGAAUGUGUAACAGAGAUGGCUUUAUCUUGACGGCAAUGGUGUUAACGGAGUUUUCUAACGUCGGAGUAAACACUUUGGUCAAAUCGGUAACUUCCAAAGGACUAAGCCCAUUUGUGGUGCUUGUCUACUCCUACGCUUUUGGAUCUCUUCUUCUCCUUCCUCUUGCCUUCUUCUCCUUCAGAUCAAGAUCUCUUCCUCCGUUGACUUCUUCAGUUCUUUACAAAAUGGGACUUCUUGGUCUCAUUGUAAGUGCAGCACAAAUCGCUGGCUACAAUGGGAUUAAAUACAGCUCACCUACUUUAUCUUCGGCCAUGAGUAAUGUUAAUCCUGCAUUUACCUUCAUCCUCGCCAUAAUUUUCCGCAUGGAGAAAAUAUCUAUAAGAAAAGAGAGUAGUGUAGCCAAAGUGAUGGGGACAUUAUUGUCUAUAGUAGGCGCACUUGUGGUUACUCUGUACCAUGGUCCAGUGCUUAUGUCUUCACACUCCGAUUGGGUUAUUGGAGGUGGCCUUCUUGCUCUUCAAUACAUCCUUCUCUCCUUCUCUUAUCUUGUUAUGGCACACACAAUGAGUCGCUAUCCAUCUACGGUCGUUGUAACGCUGGUACACAAUGUUUGCAUUCUCAUUGUGUGUGCAUUCGUUAGUCUUCUGGUCGAGAAGGACGACCCGAAGGCAUGGAUCAUAAGAUUUGACGUAACCUUGAUCAGCCUUGUUGCAACGGGUGCUUUGAAUUCGGCAUACUAUAUUAUACAUGCAUGGGCGGUGAGUCACAAAGGGCCAGUGUAUUUGUCGAUGUUCAAACCGUUAUCUAUAUUAAUCGCAGCUGCAUCAACGACCAUUUUCCUCGGCGAGACGAUCUACCUUGGAAUUUUGAUAGGAGGUAUAUUGAUAGCACUAGGCUUUUACAUGGUAUUGUGGGGAAAAGCUAAGGAAGACAAAGUGGACAUACUAGGCAGCAUCGAGUCGUCUCCUUCACAAAAGCUCCUUUCUUGAGAAAUCAAAAGCUAAUAAAUAUGUUUUCUUUAUACACAUCUAUAGAUUAUUUUAAAUUAUAACAAAAGAACAUUGUUCUACUAUCUCUCUUUUAUAUGUUUUGUUUUUAUUUUUAUAUUUCUUACCUUAUUGUAUUCGAUUAUUUAUGUGAUAAUUAAGAAGACCAUCACC